AUGAAGCCCGAGGUCGAUCAUUUUGAAGAAGUUCAACGCAAGGUGACGGUCGUCGCUGUCCCCAAAGAUGUCAUCACUGAGGCUGGCAUCAUACUGGAUGCAUCAGGGGGACUUGUCGAUGGGAUGAAGGUUUCCAAAGAUGGACAAACUAUCUUGAUUCCGCAGCCAACAAUGUUGGAUUCCGACUCACUGAACUGGUCAUGGACUCGCAAACACUUGAUUCUUUUCACAAUUGCUUUUGGUGCCUUGACUGCCGAUUUUACUUCGGCGUCUGGAACUACAACGAUUGUGCUUCAGGGCGUGGAAUGGCACAUGAGUCCAAACAGCGUGAAUCAUGCUGGUAAUCUUAAUGUACUUAUGAUGGGUCUCGGAGGUAUGAUCUGGGUUCCUAUGACCCGCGUUUGGGGUCGAGCUCCUGUCCUCUUUUGGACGACCUUUAUCGGACUUUUCUUCAGCAUUGGAUCCGCCGUCACAAGUGAUUGGCUUACAUUCUACGCAAUGAGAGCGACAAUGGGUCUCUUCCUUACUGCGCCGCAAACGAUCUCGAUCGCUUUUCUCAAGGACAUGUUUUUCUUCCACGAGAGAGCCAAAAAGAUCGGCGUUUGGUCAACCCUUUACAUCUCCUCUCCAUACAUAGGCCCAUGCUUCGCAAACUUUCUGGUAGACGCCACUGGGAACUGGAAACAUGUGUUCUGGCUGAACUCUGGUGUCAUAGCACUGCAACUCAUCUUCAUCGUUGCUUUCAUCGAUGAAACAUAUUUCAGAAGGGAUAUUCCAAGUGGAGACCAGCCACGAAGAGUGAAAGGAUUUCUCGGAAGACUUUCUCGAGUACUUGGAAUAUGGCAGAUCCGUGUUCACAACGACUACUUUGAGCCAUUCUUCCGUUCAUGGCGUAUCUUCGCCACAGUAGUCACUCGACCAGCGUUGGUUUUGGUGCUGAUCCAUUACCUUCUCGUCUUUGCCUGGGCCGUCGGUAUCAACAUCACAGUAGUUGUUCUCUUUUCAACACCGGCUGCAUUUGGGGGCUACGGUUACUCAAGCAAGUCCCUCGGUCUUCUUUACUUGACCCCCAUUGUCGCAGUCUUCAUCGGAGAAGCCUUCGGUCACUUCUUUAAUGAAUGGAUUGCACGACGCUACAUCGGUCGGCAUAAGGGGGUCUAUGAAGCCGAAGCUCGCCUUCCGACCAUUUACAUUGCUUUAGUAUUCAUGGUCGCUGGCCUGGUACUGAUUGGACAAAGUCUGGAAAAGCUUCUGCCUGUCGUUGCAGUCGUUUUUGGCUGGGGACUCAUGACAUUUGGCAUAAUGCUGAGCAGCGUUGCAGUCACUGCAUAUGCGUUGGAUGCUUAUCCGACAGUACCUGCAGAGGUGGGUGGUUGGAUCAACUUUAUGCGAGUAGCUGGUGGUUUCAGUGUCGGUUAUUUCCAGCAGCCUUGGGGCGAUCGCGUGGGGUUCGCUACUAGUUUUGGGACUCAAGCUGCGAUCGUUGCUUUCAGUGGGGUGUUUGUCGUGGCGGCGCAUGUAUACGGUCAUCGACUGCGGGCUCGAUUUGGUCAGAUCGAGUGA